ACCGGAACGGGUGGGUUUUUUUUACUCCGUCGGUCGGUCGGUCCGGUAGUCGCUUCACCGGUGUCGUGUGGUGUUUGGAUUUCCGUUUAAUCUACUGAUCGGUUAAAUGCUGUGAUCUGUGAAAAAUUGUCAAGUUCCUACCAUGAACAAGUGACCAGCUUCGUCCUUGCAUCUGUCCCAAAAGUGCCAGUAGUGAAAGAAUGUGAUCCGUGGACAACCAGCCGGUCGGAGUUUCGCAAGUCUCGCUCACAAACCGCUCCCGCUCAGUGACAUUUCCCACACAAGUGAACCUCGUCCCACCAACGAUCAAUAAAACCACGAAGAUGAAAAGUGCGCACCGGUCGGAUAAAUGGAGGCGAACAGCAAAUCCCGUCCCCCGCCAGUUCCGUGGUCUCCUCUAGACCCCCACGCCUGCGGUGGUGCAACUACGGUAAAAAAGAAACCGGCCACCCUCAGUAAAGGACCAAGGGACGCCGGUGCCCCGAAGCAUACGGUCAAGUUUAAGGAGCAGGGUAACCAGGACAUUCUUGUUGUAACAGUUGAACCACCGUCUCCAAGCCCACCGCGUCCAGCGAGUCCCAACCCGCUGCAACUGCCUGCCCUUGGAGGAACCCCACAUCCGUCUGCAGCCGCAGCCGGUGGUAAAUCAAACCGUGCAAAAAAAUCUGCACCAAAGGAACACAGACCGUCGGUGCCGACAGUCCUGCCGGGGAGGCUCUCGGAAGGAUGCACCUCGCUUAUGUACGCCUGCCAGCAGGGUCUGACCGAGGAAAUCGUUAAGGAGCUGCGAGAGAAGCCGGACACCGUCCAUCGACGGGAUCGGAAUAACCGAGGUGCCCUCCACUACGCCAGCAGUUCGAAGGACAUCGUGGCCGCGGCCAGUGUCGCCAUGGUAGCUCCGGAACUGAUCGAAUCCGUCGACGAGGAUGGUUUUACACCACUGCAUCUGGCCGUUAUUCAGGGAAAUCUACAGCUUGCCAAUUUGCUACUGGCCAACGGGGCCGAGGUGAAUGCACUAGACAACGAGGGUCACUCUGUCGUCCACUGGGCAACGGUGUGCGGCGAAGUGGAAGCUUUGCGAGCGGUUCUAUCGGCCGGUUCCGAUGUGUCCGUACCGGACAUUAACGGUGGUAGCCCAUUGCAUUAUGCCGCCCAAAUGUGCGGUGCCAAUUACGAGGGCAAAACGCCCCGUGCUUCCGCCAAACUUGCGUUGGAUAUUCUAAAUACCCUGCUGGUCCAUCCGGAUACUUCGGUGGAAGUAGAGGACAAGGAUGGUCGCCAGCCGUUGCUGUGGGCUGCCUCGGCCGGUUCUGCUAAGGCUGUCCUGGCUUUGAUCAAAGCCGGAGCGCACGUCGAAAGUGCAGAUAAGGACGGUUUAACGGCUCUUCACUGUGCGGCAUCCCGAGGGCACACGGAGUGUAUCGAUACCUUGAUCAACCUGUGCGGGGCUCAUACGGAUCAGAUCGAUUCUAAUGGAUGCACGGCAUUGCACUACGCGGUCACAUUGGGACAUGCGGAUGCAACUUCCCUACUGCUUAAACUGGAAGCUGAUCCAAACCGGCAGGAUAGGAAAGGUCGUACUCCGGCACACUGUGGCUGUGCCAAGGGUCAAAUGGAAACCGUAAAAAUAUUGCAUAGCAAAAAGGGAAAUCUGUGGUUGCGAAAUGCCAAAGGGGACUUUCCGGUCCACGACGCAGCCAGUUCAGGACGGCGCCAAUUGGUUCAGUGGCUGCUGGCGAUGAAACCCAAGCACAUCAACACCCCGAGUAACGAUGGUAGAACCCUGUUACACAUUGCUGCCGGUCACGAUAAUGUUGAUUUGUGCAAGCUUCUGCUGGAACUCGGUGCAGAGAUGAACCAUCUCUAUCGGCCUAAUUCAAAGAGUGCUCCAUUGACUCCACUGGACUACGCAUUGGCAAAAGGCUUUCGUUCUACGGCCAAGUUCCUGCAGAUGCAAGGUGGUCUUCCAGCAAAUAAACUACGACUUUCCGGUCGGCAGCAAAAGAUUCUUCCGGACAUUGACAAAGUAGAACCACUGAAGCUAACGGAGAAGGAAGAACUGAUAGAUCUUAAAACCUCCAAGCGAUACAUAGUCUAUAUGAACUCCGAGUCGGACAGUCAGGAUGAUCGAUCACACCGCAAGAGCCGUCAUAAGCGGAAAGGAAGUCACCGAGCUAGGCGAACCAGCAGCUGUAGUGAUAGUGUUUACCUGUACAGGGAAGGAGCAGCCGAUAUCAGCCGGUCUCGGAGUAAUGUGGAGUUGAAUCGAAGUCACCAUCACCAUCACCACCAUGGUAAGCAUCAUCCAGCAAGCAGUUCGUCGUCUACUGCCACCAGCGAAACGUCUUCAGAUGAGUGCUGUAAGCACAUCAAACGGAAGCACAAGUGCUACAAAAAGUGUUCAUCCAAGUCGGCCCAUUCGAGAGACCGGAGCUCCCAUCGAGAGCGAGAGUCCAAGGAGGAAAAGGAACUAAAGGAGUAUGAAUUUAUGUACGCAGAAAAGCGAGAUGGUGGGCCUAAGAAACCAGGCGAAAGGUGCGGCCGGAUAGUGCUGAAACAGGUACACAGUGGGUCCUCGGAGAAUGAUUCUAUGCCGGAGAAUGGACGUGGCAGUUCUUCGAGGUUUGGAAAGAAUGCGAAACCAUCUCUGUUGAAUGUUCCAACCGAACGAAUGGGAGCCGGAGGAUCUGGUGGAGCUGGUAAUUUUUUAGAGGAACAAUCACUGCCGAAAAGUCCGCCAAAGGCGGAAUUUAACAUAAGAAAAGAUUCUGACGGAAAGGCGUCUGAUUCGAGCGGGAAAAAGGUCGCGAAGAAGGGAAAGGUGAAUGGGAAAAAAUUGAAGGUACACGGGAAGCCGAAUGGGAAGAAAAUUGAAACGGCAAGUGAUGAUGAGGGAAAGCACUCGCAGCAAGGGGAAAAGGUGGUAACGGAAGUUCAGGUUCAUCCGGCGCCGGAUACCAUGGCCAAGUCAACCGAAGAUGAUGGAGCAGCUACAGAUGCGACUUAUACGAUUGAUCAAAAAACUAAGUCGGACUACGAGGGGUUUAGCGAAACGGAGAUGGCGGAGAAAGGUAAAGGUGUUGGAAAAGCAAAAAGUAAGGUCAGUGCAGAGACCAUAGUUGAGGCAAAAGAUGAAACGAUUGCGGAGGUGCACGAGGAGAUCGCUGCAGCAAAGCGAUCUAAACUAAAAUCCGGUAAGGAUAGUAAAUCAAGCAAAUCAAAGUCGGAUUCAUCUGAAAAAGAAGUGCCGAAAUCAAAACCUCAAGAAUUAGAACCACCAGCAUCACCAGCUGUGCCACCUCCCCCAGAGCCUUCGCCGGAGCCAGACAUCCCUGAACCUGAGCAACAGGUCCCUCCGGAACCAACACCCACAGACGAAGUGCUUCCGCAAUCAAAGCCAGACGAAGCCAUCGUUCCUCAAGAAGAUCCACCACUAGAUGAGCCAAAACCUACUCCUCCAGAGCCUGAACCUGAACCAGAACAAAUGGCUCCAGAUCCACCAGUUGUAGAUGAGAAACCACCUCAACUCUUGGAACCUCCCUUGAAACCAGCUGACGAAGAUCAGCGAGCUCCGGCGACUCCCGAAGAACCAAAAAAGGAUCAAGCCGAUGAUCAGGCACUCCCAGCUGAAGUGCCAAUUAAGGAGGAUCCGCCGAAGAAAGUCAGCUUCGACAAAGAACGACCAAAACUUAAGAGAUCGGAGGAAUCCAUCGUGGAGAAAGUCGAGGAAGAGGAAAUCCGAACCGAGGAAGAUGCGGUAGUCCCUUUAGCAGCGGCAGUUGCAGUGGAUCAGCAGAAAGUUGACAUGACCAGAAGCUAUUUUGUAAACUUGAACGGUGAAGCGGGCGAGGCCGGCGAGGCAGACGAGAAAAAGAAGCGAAAGUUGAAGAAAAAGGUACGCUCGAAGGAAGCCGAAGAGGAGGUACAAAAAAGCAAGGAUCAGGACUCGGGGUUCGAGCCAAGUCCUCAGUCGGUACGCAGCAGAUCGACGGUGUUCGACAGACCGACCAGUACGGCUGUGCUGUCGAGAAAGCCACCCCCAUCCUUCACCAUGGUAGAGGAACGGGCAGUCAGUUCACGGCCGGACGGGAGGAAGCCAGGUGAUCGGAAUGCGGUCAACAUGACGACCGUGCAGCAGUCCAUUCAGCGCAACAUUCGACGAUACUACAUGGAAAGAAAAAUAUUCCAACACCUGCUCGAGCUGAAAAGUCUGCAGAUCCGUUCGACCAAGAUCAACGAGAGUGCGCUGGUGAAGCGAGCCGUUGACGAUUACCACAAAUCCACGAUCGAGCUGGGCUACGAGACGGGUUCGACGUUGCGGCGCUAUCCGUACUCGGAGUACUCGUUCAAGAACUUUGAGCUGUUCCUGUACGAUACGCUGAAGAGUUUGCAGAAGCGCGAGACGUACAACUUUCAGAAUAUCUCCGAGGUGUAUGAUGAGGCCGAGCGUCGCCUCAGCCCGGACGUGAGUCGAUACGAGCGGGCACUCAAUUGCACCACCAAAACCCAUCGUUGUCUGCAUGCAACCCACGCCUAUACGGGGAUCCCCUGUGCCGCUUACAUACCGAUGAUGAAUCACCACACCAUCCCGAAGCUCGGAUUCGGUCCGUACAGAUCGACCCCGACCGGGGUUGGCAGUUUUUUCCUGCCGAAAAUCCUCACCAACCCGUCGGAUCGGAGCUGUCCGGGGACGGCCGGUCUCGCCACAGCCACUGCCGUCGCUAGCAAGGUAGCCCUAGAGUUAACCCACGGUAGCAACAAGCAAGUAAUUACACUGCCAUCCGAAAAGCUCGAUAGCAAUAAGCGAUACUAUGUAACAUUUACCCUUAAACCGCCGGGUUCGGAUGUUCCGAACUCCGUAGCCGGUCCGAACGUAAGCCAUACUGACCAAUCAUUGUCAUUCGAUACAGGGAAGUCCGCGGAAGGUCAGCCUCAGCCAGCUUCCGACUCCGGCCAACAACAACAACAACAACGACGACGCCAUCAACAGCAGCAGCAGCCUGGUGAUGCCCAGCAUCCGGACCAGCAGUCGCCAUCAGGUCUCCUUCCAGCCGUUGUAGAGGAGGACUCCAACAUUGACUCCAGCUGUUCUCAGCAGGGUCCCAGCGGUGUCGGUUCCUCUACCAGUACCGGAGGGUUACCAACCACCUAGUACUGGAAGGGGGCGGAUCGCCGCCUGUUCGGAACACGCAGCCACACCCUUGACCACGUUCACUGCCAGAGUAAUUGUUCUAAACAAUGCCUUUUCGUGGUUUUAAUUCGUGUAUUUACAUAUUGUCGACUCUAGCUGGAAAAAAUGCUGUGUUUCGUUCAGCAAUCUGAACGCAGGUUCGAAAUUGCAAAUUGUUAUAGAUUUUUUGAUCGAUUCUUCAAAAUUAGCGAACGGAAUUCUUGUGUAAAUAAGAAAAUAUACAGUAAUGUAUAGUAAGAAUGACCGGGCGGUCCUUACACGGAUGUGUUUUUAUUUUGACACCUUUGAAGGUUGAUUGUCUUGGUUGGUUCGGGAGCUGAAGCUUUGAUUCUUAAUUUGCCGCUCCUCAAGUCCAUAAUUCGCAGUGUACGAUGCUAACGUUUGCACGUAAUGCAACGUGUAUGCAAGCGGCUUCGUGCACUUCACUUCCACAAGUCUAAUAAAUGUGAAAGUUCUCUUUUUCAUCCUCGGUUGUGUUCUGUCUUCGGCGAAUCUCAUUCAAUUGUCCGGCCCUUAGCCUUUUCAUUCCGUUGUUGUCAUUGAAAGAGCGCAAAAUGCAACAUGAAGAAAGAGGUCUCACCAAAAAUAAUCAAAUUGGAAAUAUUUGACAGAACAUGGAUGUUUUUAAUUGGCGCAGCCGUCGUCUUCUGUUUUAUUUAUGCACAAUCGACAAUUUUUAUGACUAAUUCGUCUAACAACUGAUAAAAUUUCACUUUCGUGUGUCCGAUUUUCAACGAUAGUUUGAGUAAACUAGCGAAUAAAUUUAUUCUGUCCUGCAAGCAGUAUGAGCUUCUUUCGUACUGCUGCUUUUAAGCCGCUUUGCACAUUUGAAUCAAAUCCGUUCCGCUCAAAACACUACUGGAAUAUUUCAAACUCACCGCUCAAAUUAUGCUUAUUUAGUCUAUAAAAAUAGACUCACUGACAAAAAAAAUCUUUCGCACUGUACUAAAACAUUUGUUAAACAAUGUUAAAAACUGCUCUUUCAUUUACGAUUUUCAAUCAUUCUUAGUUCAACUUCAAGAAUGUUUUUAGGAAUUUAAGGAUUUUUCAUAAAUCAUGAGAGCAUUCCCGACGAAAAAUAUCAACUAAUAAUAGCUUCUUUAAAAAUAUGAACGAUUCUUCACUUUUCGCGGUUUUGGGUUGAAUAUUCAA